GAGAGGGCUCCAGAGUUGACGGCUGGUGAGUCUCUCCGUGUGUGUGUGUGGAGGGGACACGAGCCCCGCGACCCCGGCCACCCCGCCUUCCUUGAUUGUCCGCGCGGGAUCCGGGGGUUCUCUCUCUUGCGCACCCCCACAUCCCCCCCCAGUCUCUCUCUCCCUGUCUGUCUCUGUAUCUCUCUCUUUCUGCCUCUGCCUCUCUCUCUCCCCCUCUCUUUCUUUCUCUCCCUCUCCCCCUCCAUCCCCAAGGUGAUACAAGAUGCCUCUGAAUGAUGAGAAGCAGUGUGUGAACGAGCAGAGUGAUGUAGAGUCUUCCCCGUUCUCCGAAAGCAUGGCUUCACUCAGUGACUUAGAGUGUUCCAGGCAGAGCUUCACCAGUGAUUUCUCCAGCAAAUCCAGUUCUCCUGACUCAACAAGUCCUCCCAACGGUGUCGUGUUUGACGACGUGAUGGCUACGGCAAAGAGCUUAUCAGACAUGACUCUCGCUCACGAAAUAGCUGUCAAUGAGAACUUCCAGUUGAAGCAAAAUGCUGUCCCGGAGAACAGCCUUCCUGGUCAAGUGAAGCGUGUUGUUCACCAGGCCUUCUGGGAUGUCGUGAAAGCAGAUCUCAGUGCUGACCCUCCCCAGUAUGAAUAUGCCAUCAGACUGUUUGAAGAAAUCAGAGAGAUUCUCCUCUCUUUCCUCGCUCCUGGUGCAAACAGCCUUCACAGCCAGAUCUGCGAAGUGCUGGACAUUGACCUCAUUAGACAGCAGGCUGAGCACAAUGCUGUUGACAUUCAGGGUUUGGCCAACUAUGUCAUCACCACAAUGGGAAAGAUGUGUGCUCCUGUGAGAGACGAAGAUAUCAGAGAGCUGAAGGCUACGACCAACAUCGUGGAGAUGCUGAGGCAAAUAUUCCGUGUCUUGGACCUCAUGAGAAUGGACAUGACGAAUUUUGUCAUUAGGACAGUUAGACCUCACAUCCAGAAUCAUUUGGUGGAAUAUGAGAGGAACAAAUUCCAGGAAAUUUUAGAAGGAACUCCAAAUGCCCUCAGUCAGACUACAGAAUGGCUGAAAGAGUCUAUAGAUGAAGAAUUCCUUUCUGAGACUGCCGCAGCUCCUGGAACUGAACAGAGUUCCCCGCCAAGCCUAAGUCCUCUAUUGGUGCUAAAUAAUUGUUACUUGAAACUGCUUCGGUGGGAUUACCAGACGAAGGUCUUGCCAGAGACACUCGUGACAGAUGGAACACGACUUCAGGAACUGACAGAAAAGCUAAAUCAGUUGAAGAUGAUUGCCUGCUUGUCCCUAAUUACCAACAACAUGGUGGGUGCUGUCACAGAAGGCCUGCCCGAGAUCGCCAGCAGGUUGAAAAGGAUUUCAGCUGUUCUACUCGAAGGCAUGAAUAAAGAGACCUUUAACUUGAAGGAAGCCCUGGAUUCUAUUGGUGUUCAGACUUGUGCUGAAGUUAAUAAGGCCCUGGAAGAGAGAGGCUCACCCACCUUAAAUGCUGAGGUUCAAGCUAAUCUCAUUGGUCAAUUUUCAAGCCUCGAAAAGAAGGACAAUCCUGUCUGUACCUUGAUGGACAAACGGAUCCAGGUGUACAUGAGAAGCCUGCUCUGUCUUUCAAUCACUCAUAAGAGCCUGCCUCCUGUGCCACUGGGCCUUGAUGUCAUUCAGCAGGAGCUGGAAGUGCUUGGCUGUCAAUUCACAAACAUCGUGAAUCUCAACAAACAGGUGUAUGGACCAAUCUAUGCAAAUAUAUUCCGAAAGCUGCUCUUGAGGGAUGAAGCUGUGGGGAAGACGGACAUUUCACUGCCAACCAACUGACGUGAAGCUGGCGCUGGAGAAGAGAUGGAAGUCAGCCCUUGGCGCACUGUCCUGUCCUCAUUUCUACCAACGGCACAUAUCCAGUGCUGUCCCCAGAGCAGUGUUGGACUGAACCUGUGUAGUCUGGUAACGUCGGCAUCACGGAAGGGCCACAUAGCCAUAGACUCUUUUGUGUAUCGUUUCCAAGUUAAGGCAGACAGGUUUAAUGAAGAAAAGUACUUUGUAAUGACUUACACCACCUAUAUAAUACUGGUGUUUUCUUACACAUUUAUACUGAGUAUUUCUAUGUGGCUCGUUCACUCAACCUAAAAGGAGUUGUUUUUGUUUAUAUACUUGAUUAUACUGCAGUUUCCUGCAGGAAUACAAUGUGCAAACAUUUAAAAAACAUAUUGAAAAUGAAGGGCAUUCUGCUUUUUUUUUUUUGUUAAGUGGCAAAAUAAAUUUGUGUCUCGAGUCUGGAUUUAGCCAAGUCCAUUUAUUAGGAUUUUAAUCAUAGCCCUUGGUGUGUUUAUUUGGUUUUCACUUAAAUGUUCGUUCCUACUUUUGAGGCUUUCAUAACAUGAAUGUUCUGUAAUAAAAACUUUAUUAAGCAGCUGA